AUGGAGUACGACUGCUGGGAAGGCGAGCAUAUUUUGGGGAAGUGGCCAUCAAGGUGCCGCAAGUUGGCCGGGAAGCUGGUUCUGACAGCCACAAGGCUGGUCCAUGUGCCGAACCUCCACGAGGAACAGAACGGAAGUCCGCUCGAGAUCCAGCUAACAGGAGCCAGGAGUGUAAAGCUCGAGAUCUCCAAGAAGCGUCCUGGUUUCGAUGAGGCCUUGGUGCGCCUGUCUAAUCUACCUACUCCGCCAGGAAAGCUGGUGAUUGAGUUUACCUGUCCCGACAACAAGUGGGCGCAUUUGAGCGAGCUUUCGGAAUGGAUGCGGGCCCGUGAGGAGGAAGCCAAACGUUUGGAGGACGAGCAGCGGCAAGAAGCAGAAACGCUCGGGGAGCAAUUGCGCUCCGUUUGGGCUUCUCCGGAUUUGCGCCAACAAUACCAGUACUUGGUGAAGCAAGCUGGGAUCCUCACUUCCUCAGAAUUCUUGAAGCAGCACUCGCAGGAGAUAUCGCUCCUGAAGCCAUUGCCAGAAGCCCCGGUGGUUGAUCUGGCCCCUUUGCGUGUUGUCGCUGCUGCACACAAGUCUGACCGGACGGUCAGCCAAGAAGACCGCGCGGCGAUUUUCAAAGAGCUUCCUGCACUGGGUCAGCUCCACUCUGCAACGGUACCUUCGAUGAUGACAGAAGGAGAAUUCUGGGAGCGCUGCCUUAAAAGUCGGUAUUACUUGUUCGCUGCUGGGAAGGAUGUGCCGGCUUCACAUCCUGAGGAUAGGUUGUUUGACUCGCUCACCAGCCCAGAGUCUUCCCAACCUCUGCCGUCUUUCGAAAACAUGCUGUCGCACCUGGAAGCGGAUUUGACGGGCGAGUUUGAAGCUGACAGGCCGCUGAAGAAGCGUCGGGCCACGGCUACUCUCAUCAGUCGGCUAAACGAGCGAAGCGCCGGUGCUACGGCAACAGGACCAGAGGCUGGAGACAGUGUGGACAGCAGAGACCUCCGACAAGCAGUGGAGAAGCGACGCUCUGAACUGCGGCAGGUAACAAAGACUUUUCAGGAGGAUCUUGGAGCGACAGCUUCACCAGCACCACAACCUCCACGGUUGCAAUUGAAGGAGGGGGCAGGCGCUCUUUCUGCAAGGUCAAACCUUCCUGAGAAAGACCGCACAGAUGUGACGGCUCGAGACAGCCAAGCAAUACCGACGACGUGGCCUUCCAAGCGCGGUGCGAUCGGUUCAGAAACUGGCACUCGUUGGGUUCUCAAACACUCGACUGACGAGCUCUUAGCCGCUGAGCGGUUGCUCCCGGGAAGCAGCAGUGGGGAUACCCAUGUGGUAACACCGGAGCCAGUGACCAGGGCAGUGACAUUGCUGCGCCAUUUUUGGUCGAGUCGUGUCACCGAGAAGGGCAUGCGGGCCAAGCUGGCAGGGGAAGCCCGGAAUGUGUUGAAUAUGUUGACGGCAAUCGGCACAGGGGCCGGGGUUGCAGGCCGGCACAAGGCUGCCAUGGCAAGGUCGAUCGUCCCAGCACUACAGGCAGCACUGGAUUUGCAUGCCUCGACUGUUGGAGCAGCGGGCUCUUCAAAAAUGGGUGCAGGGCAUUUUGUUAUUCUCAGUCAUGCUGAGGUCAUGUGGCCGUUUUGUUGGCUUUUUUGCCUUGGCCCUGUAUCAGCACUUUGCCUGUCGAGCUGCCCUACUAUCAGCGUUCUGAGCGGAGCCCAGUCGAGUGCCAAACAAAGCUCGUUCAAUGCGAGCAAGUUGAAAUACUGUCGAACCCCCGGACAAAUCCCGACAGAGUCAUACAUGGUCACGCACUCCGUGGCCGCCCCCCUGUGGUGUGGGGUGCGGGGUCUUCUUCCCACUGUGGGGUGCUUGUGGGGUUUAGUCAGUUUAGUUUAG